AAGCAACAAAAAUGAUUAAUUUACUGUCACCACACUGUCUUCUUCUUUGUAUUAAGAUCACCACAAUUUCUUUCAUUCUUUUCCUCUUUUUCUAUCCCUUACAAAAUGAAGUUCCUACAUAUUCCUCUUCUCCGUGGGAACAAUAGCUCUAAACAAACGAUGUCAAAAGUGACUAUGCCAAUAUUAUUAGCCUUUUUUAUAUUUAUUCUCACCACAAUUUCUUGUUCUUUGUUAAGUUACCAUUCACUACUGAAGAUCAAUGAUGAAUAUAAGGAGCCAUCUUUUGAAUUUGAUGAUUUGAUUGUGCCAGAAUCCUUGCCCUCAACACCUGUGAAUAAGUGUGACAUUUUCACUGGUGAUUGGGUGCCAAAUCCAGAGGCACCAUAUUACACAAACACAACAUGCUGGGAAAUUCAUGAGCACCAAAAUUGCAUGAAGUAUGGGAGACCUGACACUGAUUUCAUGAAGUGGAGAUGGAAGCCAAAUGAGUGUGAACUCCCCAUAUUCAACCCUUUCCAGUUCCUACAAAUUAUGAGGGGAAAAUCUUUGGCUUUUGUUGGAGACUCCAUAGGCAGAAAUCACAUGCAAUCCAUGAUUUGCCUCCUAUCAAAGGUGGAGUGGCCCAUAGAUGUAUCAUACACAGAUGACUUUUCCUUCAAGCGAUGGAAGUACUCAAGCUACAACUUCACAAUGACUACUUUUUGGUCACCCUAUCUAGUUAGAGCUAAACAAGUGGAUUCAAAUGGUGGUCUCUACAAUGUUUAUCUUGAUGAGUUUGAUGAAAAAUGGACUACUCAAAUUAAAGAGUUUGACUAUGUCAUCAUCAAUGUAGGGCAAUGGUUCUUAAGGCCAAUGGUGUUCUAUGAGAAACAAAAAAUUGUUGGAUGUCAAUACUGUUCUUUAGAAAAUGUCACUCACUUAUCUUGGCACUAUGGCUAUAAAAAGGCUUUUGGGACUACAUUUAAAGCCAUCAUUAAUUUAGAAAACUUUAAGGGAGUAACAUUUCUUAGAACAUUUGCACCAUCUCAUUUUGAGAAUGGGGUGUGGGAUAAAGGUGGGAAUUGCGUCAGAACUAAGCCAUUUAAGAGUAAUGAAACAAGGUUAGAGGGCAACAAUUUGGAGUUACAUACCAUACAAUUGGAACAGUUCAAAAUUGCUGAGAAAGAAGCCAGAAAGAAAGGUUUGAAAUUCAUGUUACUUGACACCACACAAGCAAUGUUACUAAGGCCAGAUGGCCACCCUAAUAAAUAUGGGCACUGGCCACAUGAGAAUGUGACAUUGUUUAAUGAUUGUGUGCAUUGGUGCUUGCCAGGACCCAUUGACACAUGGAGUGAUUUCCUACUAGAAAUGUUGAAAAUGGAAGAUGUGAGAUCUACUAGUAAAGAGAGGUUUCAUUUGUAGACAAAUUGAUAAUUAGAUUUAUAAAUAUCCUUCACAUGCC